CUGGUGUCUGACGAGAAACACCGUCACCGGGACGAAAUUACAUUAAUUUCAACCAUCACAGACCGCUACUUAUCUCCUCUAAAUCCCCGCUACUCCACAAAAACCACCUCGCUGUUAUACUAACCGUCUAAAGGAGGAUCAGCAAGCAUGUUCUACACCUGCGGUCCCAACGAGGCUAUGGUGGUGUCAGGGCUUUGUCGUUCUCCUCCACUGAUGAUACCUGGAGGCCGAGUGUUCGUAAUCCCGUGCAUCCAGAAGCUACAGAGGAUUUCCUUGAACACUCUGACUCUGAAUGUGAAGAGCGAUAAGGUGUACACCCGCCACGGGGUGCCCAUCUCUGUCACCGGGAUCGCUCAGAUGAAGAUCCAGGGUCAGAACAAACAGAUGCUGGCCGCAGCCUGCCAAAUGUUCAUGGGGAAGUCGGAGGCUGAGAUCGCUCAGAUCGCCUUGGAGACGCUGGAGGGACACCAGCGGGCCAUCAUCGCCCACCUGACUGUUGAGGAGAUCUACAAGGACCGGAAGAAGUUCUCAGAGCAAGUUUUUAAGGUGGCUUCCUCUGACCUGGUCAACAUGGGCAUCAGCGUGGUCAGCUACACGCUCAAAGAUGUUCACGACGACCAGGAUUAUCUUCAUUCACUGGGGAAAGCUCGAACUGCCCAAGUUCAGAAAGACGCUCGCAUUGGAGAAGCCAAGAACAAGAGAGAUGCUGUGAUCAGGGAGGCCCAUGCAAUGCAGGAGAAAGUCUCCGCUCAGUAUAAGAAUGAGAUCGACAUGGCAAAGGCCCAGAGGGACUACGAGCUGAAAAAGGCGGCCUAUGACAUCGAGGUCAACACGAAGAAGGCCGAGUCAGAGAUGGCCUACCAGCUGCAGGUGGCGAAGACGAAGCAGCGCAUCGAGGAGGAGAGGAUGCAGGUCCAGGUGGUCGAGCGGACGCAGCAAAUCACGCUGCAGGAGCAGGAGAUCACCCGCAGGGAGAAGGAGCUGGAGGCCAAGGUGAAGAAACCUGCCGAGGCUGAGAGGUAUCGCCUGGAGAAACUGGCCGAGGCUCAGCGUCUGAAGUUGAUCAUGGAGGCAGAGGCCGAAGCUGAGUCCAUCAGGAUUAAAGGUGAGGCUGAGGCGUUUGCAGUGGAGGCCAAGGGUCGAGCUGAGGCAGAGCAGAUGGUGAAGAAGGCAGAGGCCUUCCAGCAGUACAAGGACGGAGCCAUGGUGGACAUGCUGCUGGAGAAACUGCCGCUGAUGGCAGAAGAGAUCAGCAAGCCUCUGUGCGGAGCCAACAAGGUGACGAUGGUGUCCAGUGGAGGCGGAGAGGUGGGAGCAGCCAAACUGUCAGGAGAGGUGCUGGACAUCAUGCUCCGCCUCCCUGAGGCCGUGGAGAAACUGACCGGAGUCAGCAUCUCCCAGAUGACCUCUAAUACAGAAUGAAGAGAGUCGACCCGUCUGGUGACCAGGCAGAUCCGCUCCGUCCGUCCUUUCGGCUGCCUGGACUCUUUGCAUGAGUCUGCUAACCCUAACAGCCUCUCGCCUCUACUCUAAUUUCUGUCUUACAUCAUCUGUAUAGCCGUUUCCCCUCAUGUCGCUCUGUCGACAUCGUGCUGUGAUGUGUGUGAUUUGGUCACUGAUUCCCAGCUGUAUCUGGGAUAAAGUGCUGUGCUCCUCUGGCUACAGUUGCAGUGUUUUGUUUUGUUUUUUAAUUUUUUUUUUUGUUUUUAUGUAGUCCACUGGUGCUGCUUUACAUUCAUAAACUCAAAUCAUUCAAAUAACAACGAUUCCAACAUAUUUUCUUUUAAAAAAUUUUGUCCUGUGACUAAAUUUACAUUGGCUUGUUCAGAUUUUAAAAUGUAACUGUAGCCUCUGUAUGUCCCAGACAUUUUAAAUGUCCACUGUCUUAACUGUCUUAUGUCCAUUCCAACCUUCUUCUCUCUGCACUGUUUGUGUCAUUAAUGAGAAUGUCUGUGUCUGUUUACCUGAAAUGUCUCCUCCAUAACUGCCUGUCUACUGCCUUGCUGCCAAACCUUAAGUGCAUCUUAACAAGAACAUAAAUCACACAUUCAGAACCUUCAUUUACUAAUGAUACUAACACAUCGUUAUCCAAUACCAGACCAACACCACAGGCUGUGUUUUCAGCAUCACUCAUUUCUCAUCAUGUGAUUCACACAGAACACAUCAACGAAGAGUAAUCAUGUCAUCAAUCUUUUAAAAGUCUUUAAACACGGUUUCCACUAACCUGGAAAAGUCAUGGAAUUCCAAAAUCUCAUUUUUCAGGAGCAGAAAAGUCAUGGAAUGAGUGAAAUCAUUGAAAGCUUUGGGGAAAGUCGUGGAAUUUUUGUAAGUUUUGCAAUUUCUUUUUCUAUAGUCGUCGACAUAACGUAGCUCUAAUUUGCAUUACGUGACUUUUUGUUUACCGUCACCGUCGUUUUCUCCUCGUUAUUCUGUCUCUCUCUCCAUGUAUGUCCUCUAGCUUGAAUUCUGUUUGAAAAGAGUUUGAAUCUGAUAUGUUUGAAAAAUGCCAAAGAAGUUUGGCAACAAAAAUACUGCUGUGACAGUUUGAUUUAACAUGCAGGAUCAUGACUUUCCAUUCUAUGCCCAACAAUGCUUUGAAAUUUUACCGCAUUUUUUAAAUCGAGCAAUCGACACGGGCAGUCCUGGGCGUUAAAAUGUCACUCAGAGCGCUCGUGCACAAUUUGUUUCCUGUUCUGAAAGUUGGUUGGUUAUUUGAAGGUACGGAGUAGAGAUGCAGAAUAUUGGAUUUUUGCAGAUUACUUUGAAACUCCUUUUGGCCUCCUGCAGAUGCAGAUAAGGAUACGUGCAUGUGUUUUUCCACCUAAUCGCAGAGAACAAGUCUCUCCUGUUGUGGAGUUAACUCUUAUUGUGAUGGAAACAUUUGUUGUAAAGGGUUCUAUAAAGAUCUGUUUGUGUUAUUUUUUGUUAAUGGUCAUGGAAACGUUAUUAUGGAUCCUUGAAAAGUCAUGGGAAAUUUUUCUUGUGGGAACCCUGUUUAAAGUUGUCAUGGAUGGUUGCAAACCAGCACCUCAUCAAAACUGUGAUACCGUCUGUAACUUUGCAUGCCAGUCUCCAUCCACAUUAACGUUACAUAGUCCUGUCCUGCAGAAUCAGCGUUAACAUUUUGAGAUUUUCAGGAAGAGACUUAUUAGAGGGCCCUUUGCUUAAGGCAUACCAGCAUUAUAUCGUAUCAGCCACUAAAAACCUGUGCAGGAGCCCCUUACUGCACUUUUCUCCCUUAGCUUUAUGCAAAAAUAGCAAAUGUUGUGCAUGUUCACUAAUCCUAACGCAUCUUUAGCUCUAUCUUCCCCUCAGGUUCUAUUCCAAGCACUUCUUCAUUAUACAUGUCUGUUAACUAAUUGAUAUUUUUAUAUCUAUCAUCAGAGCAAUGCAAUGGUAACUUAAAACCUCACAGCAUCCUUACGGGAUGCUUAAAAUGUUAGCAAUUCAGGAAAUCCAGCUCAAUUUACUGUUAACCUCACUGUACGUCUGUCGAGACAACGGCAUACAGAACAUGUGAUUUUAAUAUAAGAUUAUACGUUAAAAGAGAAUGUAAAAGCUCUUGAUUUAUCAUUCAUGAUAUGAUUUAUGUGAUGCUGAAAGUUGGUUUAGCAAAACAGGAAUUUACAAUCGUCAUGAUCUGGUGCUGUAAUUAUCACGGUCGUUAAGGUCCCUUCUCUUUGUCAGUCCUCAGCAGAGGGGCCAACAAUCAGAGAUUCUGUCUUUUCUUAACCCUUUGAAACCUAAGGCGACAUCACGUUUUUUGUGCAUCUUUCAGACGCCUGUCACAAGUGUUUAAACCUUUUGAGCCAUGAGUAAUUAGUGUGAUUGCUACCAAAAACAUUUGGGGAAAAAAAGAAAAGUCAAUGGCCAAAUGUUCCAUAAAUUGCAAGAAAUAAGUAGAUUUAGGAAAAAAAUUAACGCUAGGGAAAGAAUUCACUGGAAAAAUGUUGAAGAAAAAUGUUA